GGAGAUCACUGCGAUUCCAGCGAGCAAUCACUGCAGCGCAAACAGGUCUGGGGAGGAAGGGAUAGAGAGAGGGGAGCCACCACCCCAGUCCACUUCACUCCACCAGUCCACCCGCAAUAUGAUCACACACGCGCCGAUGGAAUAAGCAACAAAAGAACAGUGGGAAAACUAAAGGAAUCUCACGUCAUCUCCCGCGAGGAAUUCGAUUCGAAUAGGCUACUUUCGUUCCUUCUAUGUGACGCUAAAUUUGGACACGUCCAGGUAGACAGACAAAACUUUCGACAGCGACUUUAGGCCUAUAUAUUUUAGGAUUGCAUUACCCAUUGAAGUUAUCCAUGCCGACUUCAUAACCAAGCAUUGCAUUUAGAUUUCCAUUUUAUUUUUUAUUUUGUUAUCCUAAACCACCUGUCUGAAUAUAACUGAGGAUGAUCAUGUUUUCACACGAGUUCUUCGUCUCCUUCCUCGCGGUUACCUGUCUAUUUGGGAUACCCAGAGCCUCCGCAGCGGCAUGCGAGCCCAUCCGGAUCCCGCUGUGCAAGUCCAUGCCCUGGAACAUGACGAAAAUGCCCAACCACCUCCACCAUAGCACCCAGGCGAACGCAGUCCUAGCCAUUGAACAGUUUGAAGGGCUUCUUGGCACUCAGUGCAGUCCAGAUUUACUGUUUUUUCUGUGCGCCAUGUACGCUCCAAUAUGCACUAUUGACUUCCAACACGACCCUAUCAAGCCCUGCAAGUCGGUGUGUGAGCGGGCGAAAUGCGGCUGUGAACCGGUGAUGAAGCGGUAUAAUCACACCUGGCCAGAGAGCUUGGCCUGCGAGGAUCUGCCAGUCUAUGACCGAGGAGUCUGUAUCUCACCAGAGGCCAUUGUCAAAGCAGAAGGACCAGACAACCCCUACUAUCAAGACCCCUCAAAAUGCUCACCUGAAUCAACUCCUGACUUUCCAAGUGACUCUCACAAUGUCAACUGUAAAGGAGCCAACAAUGAUCGAUGCAAGUGCAAGUCGGUAAGACUGGGUCUCAAGACCUACCUAAAGAAUAAUUACAAUUAUGUGAUUCGUGCAAGGGUGAAGGAGAUUAGAAGCAGGAAUCAUGAUCUGAGUGCCAUCGUGGAGGUCAAAGACAUCCUGAAGUCUUCCUUAGUGAACAUCCCUCGUGAAACAGUCACACUGUACUACAACUCUGGCUGUCCAUGUCCUCCUCUCACUGCCAACGAUGAGUACAUCAUCAUGGGUUACGAGAAUGAGGAGAGAUCCAGGCUUCUGCUCAUCGAAGGCUCCAUUGCACAGAAGUGGAAGGACCGUAUGGGGAGGAAGGUGAGGCGUUGGGACCAGGUACUGAAGGACCAGAGCCGGGGGAACUCAAGGGGGAAAAGCAAUAUGCAGAGGAGCCGCCACUGAUCAACCAAGACGCGUCCCUGUGCAGUGAUGAUAGGGUUGCAAAAUUCCACUAACUUUCUCAAAAUUCCAAGAUUUCUGGAAUCAGGAGGGAAUAAGCAAGAAAUCCGUAAUCCUCCAACCGGGAUUUCUGGGAAUUUGGGGAAAGUUACCAGAAUGUUGCAACCCUAAAUGAUGACAUAUGGGACAACAUGUGGAGACAGAAAGAUAGAAAGAAAAGUGUUUGCAGACAGAAAACUGAAAUUGCACUAUUGCACGUUUUUAUUUUUCAAACUGUUGUAGCUGAAUGUAGAUAAUUUUUUUAGUUGUUGCUUUGUUUUGUAUUAUAUUUGUUUAUAAUUCUUUAAAAAAACGUUUUCAUUCUUUUUUGGGACGAACAAAAUGUUCAUUUAACAGUGCUGAGUGUGUGUACAGUUGGACGAGGAUUGCGAGCCUUGCGUGGGACUUGGCUGGAAGAGUGACAGUGACUGCAUCCCAAAUGGCACCCUAUGAACUAUAUAGUGAACUUUAUACUUUUGGCCCAGGCUCUGGUCAAAAGUAGUGAACUAUAUAGGAAAUAGGGUGCCAUUUGGGAUGCACAAAUGUCUUAGCACAGCGUUAUGUUAGAAGCACUCUAAAGAAAAAUGAUGGAUAUUUAUCUAGCAGCUAGAGACGGCACAUUGGAUGAAGUGGAUGUCUUUAAGAUACCAAAGUGCUUUCACGAUGGGGUGCUCUGUUAUGCUUUAUUUCUUUUAAAGGAAACACAAACAAGUUGUAAUCUGGCUAUUUUCGACUACAAGAGGAUUUAACAUAUUUCAAAGGAGAAAAUGAACAAAGGAUGAGGAGGGUGGGAGGGAGGGAGGCGGGACAUAUUUUUUGUCAGUAUGCAAAGAAAAGUCAGAAUGAUCCAAGAAGACAGAGAGUAUAUCGACACAAAACACGACAACAUUGAGCUAUUGAAAUAAUGAUUGCAUUACAUGUAAUAUGUCUCCUGGCUUAGUUCUCUCGCUCUCUCUUUGGAACAAAAAGUUUGAAUAGUUUUCUUAUAUGUCUCAUGCUUUGGAGCUCAGAUGAUUUGCUAAUUGUCUUUCUUACAGUAGUUUUUGGUGCUUUGGGUUUUUCUAAACUGAACUGUAGAUCUAUACUUCUCAUAUACAUCACUCUGGUUUGACUUCGUUCACAACAUACAUACAGACAUGCAUACAUACAUACAUAUAUAAAUCUAUGAAAUGCUAACCACCGCUCAAUUGUGAUUGUAAAUCUGAUUUGAGUGCUUUAUUAAACAUUGUCUGGCUGGUGUCAUGUCCAACUCAUA